AUGUUCUGGAAAUCAAAACUCAAAAGAGAGAAGGAGUUUAUGAAAUAGGGGGACGAAGGGAUAAUGAUUGUCAAAGAUGCCUUGUAAGAUGUAAUGAGAGAAAUAUCAAUCAUGAAGGAAUUGGAUCAUAUUAGUGUAAUCAAACUUCAUGAAGUCAUUGAUGACUAGGCUGACAAAUUAUACAUGAUGCACUAGACUGGCAUAGUUCACAGAGAUAUAAAACCCUAGAAUAUAAUGUUGGAUGAACAUGGAAUAGCCAAGCUUGGAGAUUUUGGAUGUGCUUAGAGAUUCUAAAAUGGAGACGAUAUUCUUAAUAAUACUAUUGGCACAUAUCAAUUUUUCUCGCCUGAGUCUGAUAUUAAGACUUUCUCUGGAAAGGCUAAUGAUGUCUGGGCUCUAGGAGUCACUCUCUAUGCUCUGGUUUUUAAUGAGUUACCUUUUUGGGCGGAGACUGAAAUGCAGGUCUUAGAAAUGAUACUUUAAGAAGCUGUAAUAAUACCAACAAAGCGAAAAAUAUCUGAAGGAUUAAGAAGCAUUUUAAUUGGUAUGCUAGACAAAGAUCCAGAAACUAGAGUAACACUUCCUGAACUGAAGAAAAAUCAAUGGCUUAAUGAAGGCUUUGCAGUCUCUCUUGACUCUAGGGAAGCAGACUUCUUUGCUAAUUAUACUGAAGAUGAGCUAAAACACAAAGGUGUCCCACUGUAAGCUAUAGUAUACGCUAAAAAAUUGGCAAAGAAAUGGUCAACUAGUGCUGAACAUUAAGACGAUCCUACAAAAACAGAAACUGGCUAAAAUAAUCCCUAAAAUGAAGAAUUUGAGGAAUAAAAAAGGUAAUGA